AUGUCUAACACACCUAUUUUCAACAGCGACCCACAUGAGGUUGCCGAGGAUUUUGACGCCAGCUCUCUUUUACCUCCCAGACUGGCAUCAUCUUCUCGACAAAACACACAAACUUCUAUCACACCUUCUGUGUUCACUUCGGUAUCUUCAAGCCACACUUCUACUCCAUCGUCUAAUCAAGGAGAGUCUGAUGCUUUAGCUGGAGGCAACACCAUUUUGGGCAUUUCUUUUGGAUCUGUUCCUCCUCCCAACACUCCAGCUGAGAACAAUGAUGUCGUCUCUCUUCAAAACAAAUCGUCGUCUAAAUCUGGCUGGACAGGAGAAUAUUCUGAUCCUGGUACUCCCACUUUCAGCAUGUCUAAAUCUGGUUGGACAGGCGAAUACUCUGAUCCUGGUACUCCCAAUGCGAGCAAGUCUAAGCUUUGCUGGACAGGAGAGUAUUCGACCGCCGGUGUUGAGCCUGAACAUUUGAUCUCAAGACUCAGCACUGUGGCCAACAAGUCAGAGGAUGCAUCUGGCAUGACCCAGAAUGGAGAGGAGAAGAAAUCUUCUGACGAAAACUCUUGGUCUGAAGGUGAUGACAAUGCUUUCACUGUCAGAGACAUCUCCUCUGAGAACAAAGACGUAGCCAGACUGGCACGUCAGGCUGUCGGGCGAGUAACUCCCCGUUCAGUCAUGGAUUCUCUAGACGUCAAGAAUGUCAAGUCUGGUGUUGUCUCUGUCACCAAGCCAACAGUCCAACCUCAAUCUUCUGUUCUUUGCAACAUUGAAGAUGAGGCUGUUCCUGAGGCUAAAGAGGCUGUGGUGUCUUCUCCCGCUGAGCAAGUUUCUGCCAAAGACAUUGAGUUUGUCAAGGGAGAAAAGGCCACUAUUAUGGGUCGCAUUUUUUGCUGCGCGCGCGCUUUGAAAAGUGGCAGCAAACCCAAGCCUCAGAUACCAGUCAAACAACCCAAGCACGCCACUCUCUUGCCAGAAAAGUCUUGCCUCAAGCCAGCUGCUUCUACUCUCCUUGACGCCACUGAGGAAGAAAGUCCUAUUCAAGCUGUCUCUGCACCCAAGCCCCAAAAAAGCAACAAUGUCACUUUCAACCUAGACGAGACAGCCAACAGUGAGAAGUCUAAGCCCAAGCCAAAGCCAAAGUCUAAGUGCAACCUCAGAUUCAAUAGGGCACGAUGCCCCCUCCUCAAAAUGAGAAUAAACAUUCAGGAGGCCAGAGACACUCCCAAUGAGGAUGCAGAACUUGAUGAUCUAAAUUCACCAUUUGCAUCACAAGACUUGGAAAUACAACGCCGUCUUGCAAAAGCGGCUUGUUACCGAGAGGCAAAUGAACGCACUUCAAUUAUUCGGGGCUCGCUGGACUUUCUCUUGGUUGUCUCUGAUAGAGUCGACACUGUUGCUUCUGAUCGCAUCAGUGCUCUCUUGAGCCGGGUUGCUGAUAGGGGUCUUGGGAGCUAUACUGGUGAAGAAAGGGAUCAUGUGAAUCCUCAUCAGUAUGGGAAUCAGGUUGAUCAGAGCCUGUACCGUUCUAAGGAGACGGCUAUGUCUUAUUUGAGAAGACGACAGCCUCGCAAUGUUAUUCGUCUUGGGACUCCUUGGAUGAGGGAUUUGCAAUAA